AUGGCCAAAGUUAUCCGAAAUCAAUGGGUGUACAAAAAAGGUGGUCAUUGGUACAGAUAUCUACCACGACGGAAUGAUUCCCCGAAAGAAUUUGAUUAUGAAAAAAAUAUGGCAGGGCCGGAAUGUUUUCCUGAAAAAAUGACUAGCAGUUAUUUGUGUUCACGAUUAAGAACUCGUUAUAGCAAGUGCCAGGAUAUAUUCGAAACAAAUGUCUAUAGAUCAAAAAAUAUCACUUUAAUUGAAUAA